AGCGAAAAUGAACAGACCUAUUGUUAUUAGCUAAGUACAAGAUUGCGCGCACGUAUGAAAUGUGAUCGAAGCGCUCUCACGUGCGUAGUCGUGGAAGGAGAAGUUUAGGUUAUAAAUGCAAGAUUAUAAACGCAAAGAUGAACCAAGCAAACAUUGAUAAAUUGGUGUCCAAAUUGAGAUUCAAUGUCAAACCGGAUGCGCGACGGUUGCGAAAUAUUGACGGUCCGGAGGGACGACUUCGCAAAAUUCAAAAGAUCUUGACAGCGUUAAUCAAAUACGAGCGGGUCGAGUUAUUUUACAACAAGGCCGACGAAACUAGAGGUUAUGUGGAACAGCUGAUACAUGAAGCGAUACGUCAUGGACCCGCGCAUAAAGAGACAAUGGAGUUGGCCAAUUUCUGGAUAGCCGAGAAACAAUUGGUGCACAAGCUGUUCAAAGUUCUCGUGCCAAGAUAUCAAGAUUACACAAUCUCCUUUACAAAACUUCACAAGGCGGCGAAUAUUUAUCCUGGGGUGCCGUAUGAGAGAGCGAUCUUAGAACUCAGAGGCAACAUAUAUCCAAGUGUGGAACAAUACAAUCCGCACCGGCGGAAUUUGCUUCACAAUCUGCUCCUCGAUGCGGCAAGGAAGGAGUAUCGAAUGGAGAAGUACAAAGAGAUCGCGGACAACUUGAAACAAUAGGAGCGGAAUGCAAGAGAGGGAGCUUUAAGCAACGUAAUUGUACAGUUAGUUCAAAGCGCAUUUUAUUAAAAUAAAAAUACGAAAAUAUA